AUGCCCUCGCAGGAUCGAAUCGCUGGAGGAUUCACCAACGUCACGGACACUAUCGCCGGAUCUAGCAAUAGUGGCAAUCAGUCGCAGUCCGGUACAUCUCCUCUUGGCAGCAUCGCUUCCCAGUUUCAAAACGUGGGUUCACAGUUCAACGGAGGAGUCAAUAAUGCCACCAGCGCCAUAACAGGAUCAAACACCACUUCCGGAAUUCAAAGUCAACUACAACAGCUGAUUGACACUCUUGGGUCCAAUCCGGGCAACAAACCUCAAGCGGACCCACAGUCGGAUACUUUCUUUCAACAGCUUGGGUCACAAUUCGGCAACGCCUUCGGAAGCAACAACGCAAAUCAAAGUUCCGGAUCUAACCCACUGAGUCCGAUCACUUCACAAUUUCAGAACGUAGGUUCACAGAUAACCGGAGGAUUCUCAAACGUCACCAAUGCCCUCUCAGGAUCGAGCAACAGAUCAAACACCACUACCGGAAUUCAAAGUCAACUACAACAGCUGAUUAACACUCUUGGGUCCAAUCAGGGCAACAAACCUCAAGCGAACCCACAGUCGGAUACUUUCUUUCAACAGCUUGGGUCACAAUUCGGCAACGCCUUCGGAAGCAACAACGCAAAUCAAAGUUCCGGAUCCAACCCCAUCACCUCACAAUUCCAGAACGUAGGAUCACAGAUAAACGAAGGAUUCUCAAACGUCACCAAUGCCCUCGCAGGAUCGAGCAACAGCGCUAAUCAAACAUCUGGAUCGAACCCAGUUGGCAGUAUCACCUCGCAAAUCCAAUCCGUCGGGACUCAGAUCGCUGGAGGAUUCACCAACGUCACGGACACUAUUGCCGGAUCUAGCAAUAGUGGCAAUCAGUCGCAGUCCGGUACAUCUCCUUUUGGCAGCUUCACUUCCCAGUUUCAAAACGUGGGUUCACAGUUGAACGGAGGAGUCAAUAAUGCCACCAGCGCCAUAACAGGAUCAAACACCACUACCGGAAUUCAAAGUCAACUACAACAGCUGAUUGACACUCUUGGGUCCAACCCGGGCAACAAACCUCAAGCGGACCCACAGUCGGAUACCUUCUUUCAACAGCUUGGGUCACAAUUCGGCAACGCCUUCGGAAGCAACAACGCAAAUCAAAGUUCUGGAUCCAACCCCAUCACCUCACAAUUCCAGAACGUAGGAUCACAGAUAAACGAAGGAUUCUCAAACGUCACCAAUGCCCUCGCAGGAUCGAGCAACAGUGCUAAUCAAACAUCUGGAUCGAACCCUGUUGGCAGUAUCACCUCGCAAAUCCAAUCCGUCGGGACUCAGAUCUCUGGAGGAUUCACCAACGUCACGGACACUAUCGCCGGAUCUAGCAAUAGUGGCAAUCAAUCGCAGUCCGGUACAUCUCCUCUUGGCAGCAUCGCUUCGCAGUUUCAAAACGUGGGUUCACAGUUCAACGGAGGAGUCAAUAAUGCCACCAGCGCAAUAACAGGAUCAAACACCACUUCCGGAAUUCAAAGUCAACUACAACAGUUGAUUGACACUCUUGGGUCCAAUCCGGGCAACAAACCUCAAGCGGACCCACAGUCGGAUACUUUCUUUCAACAGCUUGGGUCACAAUUCGGCAACGCCUUUGGAAGCAACAACGCAAAUCAAAGUUCCGGAUCUAACCCACUGAGUCCCAUCACCUCACAAUUCCAGAACGUAGGAUCACAGAUAACCGGAGGAUUCUCAAACGUCACCAAUGCCCUCGCAGGAUCGAGCAACAGUGCUAAUCAAACAUCUGGAUCGAACCCAGUUGGCAGUAUCACCUCGCAAAUCCAAACCAUCGGAUCCCAGAUCGCUGGAGGAUUCACCAAUGCUACGAGCGCUAUCACCGGAUCAAGCAAUAGUGCCAAUCAGUCACAGUCUGGAUCACCUCUCGACAGUAUCAAUUCUCAGCUUCAAAACGCGGGAUCGCUAUUCUCCACAGGAUUUGCCAAUACUACCGAUGCCAUAACAGGAACAAACACCAAUCCCGGAGUUCAAGGUCAGCUUCAACAACUGAUCAACAGCCUUGGAUCCAACCAAAGCAGUAACAGUACUAACAAUACAUCCGGAACUGAUCCUUUGGGUGGUAUAUCCUCACAGUUUCAAAACAUAGGAUCACAAAUUUCCGGUGGAUUCAACAACGUCUCUAGCGCCUUCACAGGUUCGAACAACCAAGCUAACCAAACAUCCGGAUCAUCUACACUGGGAUCGAUUGCAUCACAAUUCCAAAAUAUAGGAUCGCAAUUCACCGGAGGCAUCUCCAACUUCACCGGUGCCAUAACGGGUUCAAACAACAACAAUCCUCCUCCGGCCAACACUUCACAAGAUACUGGCGUUUUUGGGUCAUUCAAUCCCUUCGGAAGCAACAGUGCUAACCAAACCUCCGGAUCCAACCCACUUAGCCCCAUAACUUCACAAAUCCAGAACAUUGGAUCACAGAUAUCGAACGGAACUGGUGGCUUGAUUCCAAAUUCCCCCUUCAAUCAACUCAGUCCUUCUGCAGUAUCCCAAGCAUCCAACCAGGUAGUCGAUGCCCUGAAGCCAUCUUCUGUGCAAGGGCAACUCGAGGGAAUCGGUUCUCAGUUACAAGCAAACAUUCCACCUGGAAUCAAACCAUCCAUCAGUAAUGACGUAGGCGUGUUUAGCACCCCAGGUGUACUUAACUGGAACACGCUCAAUGAAGUCCCCUUCAUCACAAACUUGUUUGGAACUAACAACAACAACAACAACAACAACAACAACAACAACAACAAUCUCUUCCCAACACUUCUACCGACAUUGCCUCUACUAUGCCCAGUCUGUAGACCCGUUUGCGGAAAAACCAAUCCCAGAACGCUUCGGGAUCUGAGGGUAGUUGGAGGAUCGGCACUGACUCCCACCAACAAGUAUCCAUGGACCGCCCGCUUUUCGUACUUUGGCGCCGAUGCCGGCCAAGGGUCGUUGAUCAAUGACCGAACCGUAGUCACCACGGCUACCAUAGUGCAAAGCAUUCCAGUCUUCUCGCAGGUAAAAGUACUGUUCAACGUUUACGACCUCACGUCCACCACUGAACAGCGCCUCGUAAAGACAGUAUCCAAUGUUGUCGCUCAUCCACUCUUCAAUCCGCAAAACAUCUACAACUUCAACAUUGGAGUAGUCACGCUCGCUACACCGGUCGCUUUCACCAGCACGUUCAUGCCGAUCUGUCUACCAAAGCUGUUCGAUUCUUACGCAGGAACUAACGCGGUCACCGUCGGUUGGGGCGCUGAUUCCUUAACAGGUCAAACUUCAUCAGUUCCUCUAGAGGUAACAAUCCCCCUCUACACCGAUCGUGAAUGCAUGCUGUCCAACUCCAAACUUUCCUACAAAAAUCUUUGCGGUGGGGUGAUCAAACCAGCAGUUGCCACUGCAUUAAAGGCAACUUGCAAGGGCGAUGAUGGAGCAGGACUGAUGUAUCCAUCGCAACUCGACCCAUCAGUACUUACGUUGGCAGGCGUCAACAUCGAUGUACCAAAUCAGGGUUGUGGGGAAACGAAUCAACUGUCCGUGUUCAGCAAAACACAGAGCUACAUCGAUUUCAUCAUCCUCUACGGGUUUGGCUGCGGGUGCUAA